CACAUGCUUUGAUAGAAAAAAGGAUUUUUAAGUGAUAAGAGACUAGGAUAUUGAUAUUUCAAGCAUAAAAAAGGAGUGAAAGGUUAUUAGAAGGAGCCUGCUGGGGACUGGGAAGUUUGUUGGCUUACGACAACCCUGUACUUCCGGUACGAAAGAGGGGGCACGAACGGUUUAGACUUCGCAAUCAACGGACACAAACGGUUUAACUGCCGAAAACCAUGUUUACAUCGGGUACCGAAGACGAAAUGUUGGAGCGGGGUUUGAGGACACUCCUCGAGGGUGUGCGUCCCGAGGAAUCAAGUGGAAACGCGCUGCUGCGGGACAUCGGCGAACCCUUGACAGAAUGCAAACGGAGUGCCGCGCUGCACCGCAUAGAACUCCUGGUGCUGCAGCUGCUCCGCCAGCUCGCGGACAACGAGUGCCCGAUGCUCCUCAUCCCCAAGGCCUCCGACUGGAGUGCCUCCGAGCAGGACGCUGCCGUCGCGGGGCAGGACAGCCAGGGCGGGGACCUGUCCCCCGCGGCCGCCGCCACGAGGGUGCGCUUCGACGUCCCGGCCUCGCAGCACAAGUUCGCCGUCAUCGUCAUGCUGCUCUCCCGGGCACACAAGCUGCUGAGCACCAAGAGCCAGGGCACGAGGAGGCAGCUGUACUACGAGGAGGUGGCGUUCCUCAAGUCGCAGCGGCAGGUGGACGACGGCGCCCUGGACGUGAGUCGGCUCGUCGGCCUGCCGCCCUGGAACCUGGGCCUCCUGGCCACCGCCAAGGGGCUGGUGGCGGGCGACCUGACCCUCACCACCACCGACGGCGAGGUCGUGGACUGCAGCAGCAAGCCGGGAGGGGUGCUGAUUCCUGGUGACGUGAGUUCCAUCGACAAGGUGCAGUCCGCCGCCCGCUUCAUCCUCGUCCUGGAGAAGGACACCCUCUUCCAGCGAGUCCUGCGCGAGGGGGCGGCAAACCGCUUGGGCCCCUGCAUUCUUAUCACGGCCAAGGGGUACCCGGACGUGAGCACCAGGGUGCUUCUAGCCAGGCUGGAGGCACAGUUGAAGGUGCCUAUUCUGGCCGUGGUGGACGCGGACCCCCAUGGCAUCCACAUCAUGUGCGUUUACAGAUUCGGCACCAAGACUUGCCCUCUGCCUAUCAAGUCCAUGCGCUGGCUCGGCCUGCUGCCGUCAGAGCUGGUCGCCCUAGGCGUGAAGAACAUCCCCCUCACGGACAAGGAUGUGGCCUUGGCAAACACCCUUCUGGAGAAGAAGUACCUGAACGACGCCAUCCGAGCCGAGGUGGAGGUGAUGAUCAAGCAUGGAAUGAAGGCAGAAGUGGACGCCUUGCUCCAUUUUUCCCCCAGCUUCAUAACUGAUGUGUACUUACCAAACAAGAUAGCCGCUUCAAAUGUGUUGUAGAAUUUCAUGGUAAAUAUUUAUGAUUGUCGUAAAAAUUAUAAAUUAGAUACUCUAAAUUUUGUAUAAACUAUUAAUUGUCAUUGUAAAGAUACAAUAUUUAAUACUUCCAUAUGUGUAAUGGAAAGACAACUUGCUAACUGUAAUAUAAUACUAUGUGAAAUUUUUUAACAAGUUCAUUAGAUAAAUUA